AUGGAGGUAGUUCUACACUUUCACAUCGUUUUCCCAGCAGCACCACUGGCGCCGUUUCGCUGUCCCCUCACGCACUCUGUCUCCCCACCCGUCUCUUCGUACCCGUUGAUAUUCAGAAGCCGCGCUUACAUGAAACGAACCCCCGGCCGCGGCGGCUCAGAUGGCGCGUCGCAAGGAUUCUCCUCCACAGCCGCCGCUUCCGCCGGCGCAGGAGGCGGAAGCGCCGUUGGAGUAUUUAAUUGCCGAGAUCGGCUAAGGGGGAUGGGUCGACCUCAAUUAGUGCUGCUACUGGUAGUGGGGACUGCGGUAAUCGCGGCGCAUCUAGUGGUCUUUACGGCGAUCAUUCGUCGCAGCUUGCAUCACUGCGGGCCGGCAGCGGAUUCGCCAGCCGGUUGGGCAGUCGGCGAUGCGAGAGACGCCGCCGGCGCGGGAGAUUCCAGCAGCAGUAGUCUUAGCAGUAGCGGUGUUAGCGUGUCCGCGGGGAGCGCCAAUACCGCGGGGGAGGGCCGCAUCGGCGGAGAUGGGGGGGACGGCGCAGUGCGCGAGGGCGGAAAGGUUCCGCCUCAGUUCAUCAUGUACCGGAUUAUAGGGAACAACAUGCCGCCCUUGCAGUGCCCCAGCCAGCUCCUCUGGAACACCCAGUACGCGUUGCGGCACGAGGGCGAGUUGGAGGGGUGUGAGAAGCGGUGGGUGAUAAACCAGAUAGUGAACCGCACGGAGCGGGCACUGCUCAUCGACUCGCUGCUGGCGCACGGCUACUCGCUCAACCACAUCCUCAUCCGCCGCCUCAACCUCUCCAAGAUAUCUGAGUACCCGCGGGAGCAGUGGUUGGACGUGGUGACAGCGCAGAACGAGGCGCGCAACGCGGCCAUCGAGGACGGUGUGAGGGCGGGCGCGCGGUGGAUCCUGCCACUGGACGGCAACCACUUCAUCACCCAGGAAGCCUGGGCUGCCAUCCGCCGAUCUGCCGAGCAGGCGGAGAGCAAGGGGUACAAGUACUUCAAGGUGCCAGUGCACCGGCUGCACGCGGAGCAGAAGCCAGCGUGGCUGCACGGCAACUCCACCUUUGCCACCAUCCGCCGCUACAUACCGCAGAUGAUCGAGAGCCAGCUCGCCUUCCGCUACGAUGCUCCUGAGCGAUUCAAGGCUGGCAUGGUGUACGGCAUGCAGAACAAGCUGGAGCUGCUGCAGCGUGCGUGUGGCGUGCCGGGGGAGGCGGGGUACCAGGAGCAGUGUGGGUGCGCCGACCUGGGCAAGGAGGGGCAGCUGCACCCUUCCGACCCCAAAAUUGCCGCCGCCUGUGGCUACUCCCUGCGCCUCUGGUUCUUCCCCUGCAACGGCACAGAGCCUGACAAGGUGUUUAACAAUGGUCUAUACCGCAAGAGAUUGCGCACCAAGUCUCGACAAACCAUGCAUGCUGUAAUCAAGAACCUUAUGCGCCAUCCAAAUGUUUUCUACGUCCGUGAAACUGAAACGUUGGAUACUGAAAUGGACGACGCAAAAGCGGGAGGGAGUACAGCAGAAGAGGCUAAAGGAGGAGAGGUCAAAGUAGAAGAGUCUAAACCGAAAGAGACUGGACUCGGAGACGCUAAAACGGGAGAGACUGGAGCCGGCGAAGAUAAAGCGGGAGAGAAUAGAAUGGACGAGGGUAACAGGGGAGAAACUGGAACAGAAGUGGGUGCAGUGAGAAGCAAAGAGGCUGUAGAAGAAGAGACAGGAAUGCAGGAUUCGAAAAAGGGAGAGACCGGAACAGAAGAGGCUGACGCGAGACCGAUCAGAACGGAAGAGGCUGAAGCGGGUGAGACGAGAACGGAAGAGGUUGGAGCGGGAGUGACUAGAGUGGAGGAUGCUAUAACGGGGGAAGCUGGAAUGGAAGUGGAUGAAGCGAAAGAGGCUGAAGGGGGGUUGCCUACCACGGGAAAGACUGAAGCGCGAGAGACAAUCAUGCAAGAGUUUAAAGAAGGAGAGACGAAAACGGAAGAAGCUGACGCGGGAGUGAUUGCAACGACAGAAGUUAAAACGGGGAGCAACCUGGCAGGCGCUACAGCGGGAGAAACUAAAAUGGCGGAGGUUGAAGCGAAGGAAACUGCGACUGAGAAGGUUGAGGGGGGAGAGACUGCAGUGAAUGGGCUUGAAGCUGGCAAACCGGAAGAGACGAAAGCGGAAGAGGUUGAAGUAGAAGAGAUUCACAUGGACGAGGCUGAAGCGAACGAGGCAGUGGAGGAGGACUCACCUUGGGAUCUACUGGAAAUUCCGGCAGACUGCUUGCCUGGAGGGAAUGCGGAGAACAACGGUAGCGCAGCUGCUGGUGCGGGUGCUGCGGCCGAGGGACGUUCAACAGCGUCACCGGCAUCCGGUGCGAGCAGGGCGAUGGGUGCUGACCUACUCCGAGAAGCUUGCGCCGAUCUCCUCGCCGAUAGCCCCCAACGCUCGCUGACCCUGCGCGAGCUACUCCCUGCGUUGAAGUCACUUAAUCGCGCUGACCUGGCGCCAGCUCUAGCGGAGGUGAUAGGCGCGGCGGAGGGCAGGAGUCGAGGUUCCGCGCACGAGGGGCGUCUGCGGAGCGUUCUUACCGCAGAUUCGCGCUUCACGAUUCAGGGAAUGGGGAAAUCGGUGAGCGUUGCGCUGGCGGCUGCGGAGAGUGACAGGGAAGAGGGGGAAGGCGCAGGCAAGCGGAAGAUGAAGGCGGGACGCGAAGGGAAGCGCGGGGGAAAGGCGGAAGGGGAGGCAGAGGUUGCCAGUUCAGGGAGGAAAAGGCGGAAGGGAGUUGCGGAGGAUAGGGGGGAGAAUGCGGAGAAAAACUCAGGGGAGAGGAAACGAAGAAAAAGUACCGGCGGAGGAGAAAUCACGGAAGACGAGGAACGGAAAGAAGGAGCUGAAGAGAACAAGAGCACGAGUCGCAUGUGCCAUCAGUGCCAGCGCAACGACAAGGAAACCAUCACCAGUUGCAGCAAGGUGCACACUCACCGCUUCUGCGGCGGCUGCAUCCGCAACUGGUACCCCUACCACACACCGGAGGAGAUCCAGGCCAUCUGCCCCAAGUGCCUUGGCGUCUGCAACUGCAAGACGUGCCUCCGCACCUUCAUGCCCCCGCCCUUUAAGGCGGAGAGUUCCCCCGAGCAACAGAGGGCCAUGGCUCGGUGGGUGCUGGCGUGGGUGAUGCCGCAUGUGAGGGCCAUGCAGAAAGAACAGAAGCAAGAACUGGAGGAGGAGGCGGCUAGACAAGGCAUCGACCCCUCUUCAUUGAAAGUGCAACGCGCACAGCUGCUCAAGGGCGAGAGGAUAUUCUGUUCGCACUGUCAGACGGGCAUAGCUGGCUUGCACCGCAGCUGCCCUGAAUGCGCCUACGACCUGUGCCUGCAGUGCUGCCGAGAAGCACGCUCAGGGGCUCUCCCUGGUGGGGCUAAGGCGUUCAAGGGGAUGGCAGAGGAGGCUCUAGGAACGGAUGGUGAGAGAAAGUCAGAGGAGAUAGGGGGGACAGGAAAUGGGAUGGUGAAGUCGAGCGGGUCUAUUGAUGCCGCUGCUGUUGCUGCUGCUGCUGCUGCUGCUGCAGCGCAGAAUGCACAAGUGGCAUUUGGAAACAUUCCCCUGAUUGCUGCUGAUCAGUUCCCGUGCUGCUCCCUGUGCCAAGAGCGAGCAACACAGGUUCUACAGGAGAUGAAUGGCGGAAGUAACAGCAGUGGUGGCAGUCAAGUUGCUGCUACAACCCCAACGGGAAGGAUAGGGGAGCAAGAGGCAGCAAGGGAGAAGGAAAAGGAGGUAGGGAGGUACUACAGGAAGAGAGCCAAUAAGGCAGUGAGCAAGGAGGGAGAGGAGGCAAAGGAGGGGCAGGAGCGGAAGGAGAAGGAGAAGGAGAAGGGGAAGGAGGCGGAGGGCAAGGGAGGGAAUGCGGAUGGAAGGAAGGAGGGCCCCCCUGUACGUGGUCUCGACUUCCUCAUGCGGCCCCAGCAAUCCUCCUCCACCACCGCCUCUGCUGCCACCACCACCGCCUCUGCUGCCACCACCACCGCCCCUGCUGCCACCACCGCUGCCCCUGCUGCCACCACCGACGGCGCUGCUGCCACUACCACCACCACCACAGCUGAACCUGCUGCUGCAGCAGCAACAGCAGCCUCCUCCUCUUCCGUCCCUGAGUCUGUGGUGCACUUCCAGCAGCAUUGGCAGCGGGGGGAGCCCAUUAUCGUGCGCCACGUGAUGCCGCCUUCUGUGAAAGACGGACUCAGCUGGGCCCCGCUCGUCAUGUGGCGCGCGUUUCGAGAGACCAAGGAGGGGCGCAGCGUGCAGGAGAAGCUGACAGUGGUGGCGAUCGACUGCGAGGACUGCACAGAGGUGGAGCUUGGCACGCACCUCUUCUUCGAAUGCUACACAAACGGCGAGUCAAAGAGUGCAAAGGUACCGGACAUGCUCAAAGUGAAGGAUUGGCCGCCCACUGCUGCAUUCCAAGACCGACUGCCUCGGCACGGCGCCGAGUUCCUGCGCGCGCUGCCGCUUCAUGAGUACACACAUCCGGAGAAGGGCCUGCUGAACUUGGCUACAGCGGUGCCGACGGGUGACCCGAAGGCAGACAUGGGCCCCAAGGCGUAUAUCGCGUAUGGGGUGAGGGAGGAGCUGGUGCAGGGGGACUCGGUGACCAAGCUCCACUUCGACAUGGCUGACGCGGUGAACAUUCUGACCCACUGCCACUACCGCCCGCCCAGCAAGCGUCUGCAGGGGCUGAUGCGGAAACACGCCGAGGGGAAUGAGGCAGAGGCAGGGCAUGAGAAUGGUGUGGCGACUAAGAGCGAGAAAAAGAAGGAAGCGAGCAAUGGCAAAGGGCGAGGAGGUGGAGGGGGCAGCGAGCAGCAGCAGCAGCAGUCAGUGGGGAGUGCUGGUGGGCAAGUGCUGACAGCGGGGGGGGGAGAGGGAGCAGCGCUGUGGGAUAUCUUCCGCAGGGAGGACUCGGAUAAGAUCCGUGCCUUCAUCGCUCGGCACCAACACGAGUUCCGGCACCUGCACAACCAAGUCAUACAGUCGAUGGACGAUGAGAUUCACGACCAGACUGUGUAUCUCACCGCCCGGCACAAGGAGAUGCUCUAUACUGAGUAUGGGGUGGAGGCAUGGACCUUUGAGCAACGCAGAGGCGAGGCGGUGUUCAUUCCUGCUGGCUGCGCACACCAAGUCAGAAACCUCAUGUCAAACAUGAAGAUAGCAGUGGACUUUGUUUCUCCGGAAGGCACCUCGCACUGCUUGGCGCUCACUGCUCACGUGCGCACCAUGCCUGUGCGCCACCGCUCCAAGGAGGACAGGCUUGAGGUGAAGAGGAUGAUACUCCAUGCCGUUGAGCGGUCCCUCGCCAUCCUCAAGCAAAGUGCGUAG